GCAAUGUCUACAGAAAAUAGCACUGUCAUAUCUGAAUUUAUCUUCCUGGGAUUUGCAGAUGAACCAGAACUGAGGAUUCCCAUUUUCAUAUUGUUCCUGCUGAUCUAUGUUAUCACUGUGGUGGGCAACCUAGGGAUGAUUUUGCUGAUCAAAACGGACCCUCUGCUUCACACCCCCAUGUACUUUUUCCUCAGUAGUUGUGCUUUCCUAGAUUUUUGCUAUUCCUCCAAUAUCACCCCCAAAGCCUUGGAAAAUUUCCUGUCAGAGAGGAAAACCAUUUCCUUCAUGGGAUGCUUCAUCCAGAUGUAUUUCUUUGUUGCUCUGGCAAGCACAGAGUGCAUCCUUGUGGGGCUGAUGGCGUAUGACCGUUAUGUGGCUAUCUGCAACCCUUUGCUGUACACAUCAAUCAUGUUGCACACCCAAUGCAUCAAGAUGGCCAGCGGGGCUUUCACAGCUGGCUUCUUGAAUUCAAUUAUUCAUACCACUUUGGUAGGUACUUUGUCUUUCUGCCAGUCCAAUGAAAUCAACCAUUUCUUCUGUGAUAUUCCCCCACUCCUCAAGCUCUCGUGUUCUGAUACAUCUGUAACUGAAGCACUAGUUUUCAUAUGUGCUGGAAUCAAUAUGUUGGGCUCUCUCCUAAUAAUUCUGAGCUCUUACACGUACAUCCUUUCCGCAGUCCUGCAGAUGAAGUCGGCCAAAGGCCGCAAGAAAGUGUUCUCUAUGUGCAUCUCCCAGCUGAUAGCUGUGACUAUAUUUUAUGGAACAGGCCUAUUUAUAUAUUUGCAACCCAGUUCCAACUAUUCAGAGGAUCAAAAUAAAAUUAUGUCUCUGUUUUAUGCCUUUGUCAUCCCAAUGCUUAACCCCUUAAUCUACAGCCUGAGGAACAAGGAGGUGAAGGAUGCAGCGAAGAGAGUAAUGGAGAAAAGAACAUUUUCUCACUUACUGUAA